AUAUGUUGAUAAUUGGAAAGAGCAAGUUGAGAGGAUGAGAGCUGUAAAUAGGAUGCUAGUUUUUGAAGUUAAAAUACUUUAGGAUGCGAAUGAUUUUUGCUGUCCUAAAAGCUUUUGGCCAUGAAUAUAUAUAUAGAGAUGAGAAAUUUUGUAGGAUAUGGUAGGGUGCAUGAAUGAUUGAAGGAGGAUGGCUUUGAGAUAAGAGUCAUGGGACCGAUAGGAAAGAAAGAGCACAUGGUGUUGCCUUGGAAGUGUUCUUAGGAAUUAAUGAGAGAUGUUAUACUUGAUAGUAAUCCCAUGCCAAUCCACUUGAAAUAGGACGUAUGAUUUCAAAUCUCUCACUGUCCUUUGCCUCAUAAUUUGAUCUAUCCAGCUGUAAUUCAACAUUAGGUAACGUGAAGAAGAAAACAAGUUCAAAGCAUGUCUGACAAAAUAUGGAAUACCAAUUAAUCCAUGAACAGAAUUAGGCCUUCACUUAGCAACAUCUCAUUCGGACCAUGUGGAGGCUUAAUGUUGCUCGUUGUUCAACAAGGUGGGGUUACACACCUGCACCCCACUUAAUGCUUGAUAGAAGUACUGCAGACAACCCCAUGCGAAAUCUCAUCUGUACUCCCUCCUUCUUUUAACAGCUAUAUAUACAUUAUCCUAUAUCUUCAAAAACUACACAAGCCUUCGGAAUCCUCUAACAUCAAAAUUUGGAUUCAUUCUCUGUAAAUUUGAGAUUGUUCUUCUUCCUUAAACAAGCUCAAAAAAUGGGUUUUCGUUUACCUGCCAUUCGACGGGCAUCAUUUGCAGCAAGACAAGCAACUUCAAAAUCUGAAGAUGUACCAAAGGGCUAUUUUGCCGUUUAUGUUGGAGAGAAACAAAAUCGGUUUGUGAUUCCCAUCUCUUACUUGAACCAACCUUCAUUCCAAUACUUACUGAGUCAAGCUGAGGAAGAGUUUGGAUACGAUCAUCCAAUGGGAGGCCUCACAAUUCCUUGCAGUGAAGAUGCCUUCAAGCACACAAUUUCUUGCUUCAAUGGACAAUAGAUCUCACUUUAGAAGACUGACAUAGCCUAUUAGAGACAUUUUGUACAAUAGGCAUCUUCUCAAUCCUGUAACUAUUAAUACCAUUUUUUGAGUAAUGAUAACGAAUUCAAAUGCAA